UUGUAGCAUUUUAUUUAUUAACUCAUAGGCUAUUAACAACAUUAUCAUCCCAUUAGCAUCCUGGCUGUUUUCACUGCAGAUCUGAGACUCAUAGCCAGCCACGGGUGAUCAGGGUCUACCACAUAGGAGUAACAUGUACACAAUGUGUCAUGAUUGAAAACCAUGCUGUUCAGCAGCGGUGGCAUCGGAAAUGGACUGUACCAACAAGGAGAGGGAUGCUGGAGGAUCCUGGGCAGGACAAAAAUGUAAUUUCGCGAGGGAAACAUAUUUUUUGUUACUUAAUGUGAAAAUACAAACGCAUUGUGUUUACAUGUUGGGCAUUUAAAAUGUUUUUUUGCUGGCUGGCGAUUUCUGUAUUUUGCUCUCAUCUUUGAAUCACCCCUCCGGUGAAAGCCUUAGUGUCUGAGCGUGUGCUAGGUACUGUCAUCCUGCCUGACCGCCAGGUUUUUUGGAGAGAAGAAGUUGCAAAAGGGAUGUGACUGCGAUGAUGGCGCUGCAGCUGAAGAACGGGGAUGCAGCGUACUACCAGACUGCGGAUUACUGCAGAAAUUAUACUUCGCCGCCUGUCAGCUACGGUGACAGCAGGCAUUAUCUUGCCCGUUUGCCAGGCCCAGAGACCAUGUUGAAGCCUCCACUGAGUCUCUUCCGCCAUCCCCAGCAGCCUUUCCACCACAUGGAAUCUCUGCACCAGCUGGGACCUCCGCCAAUGGCGCCUACGCAGCCUCUCGGUCCACCACCCCUUGCCCCUGCUCAGGCGAUUGGACCCCCAACGAUGGUUCCAACCCAGACACUAGGCCCCCCUCCAAUGACUGCUACUCACACGUUAAGACAUCACCCCAUUACCCAACCACACAGCUUAGGCCCGCCUCCAAUGGCCCCAUCUCAACCACUAGGGCCUCCACCAAUGGCACACACCUUGGGUCCCCCACCUGUAGAUCACACACAAGCAAUAGUGCCUCCAACCAUGGACCUCAUACAACCGAUGGGGCGUCCACCUCUGAAUCCUGCACAAACACUGGUGCCCCCACCUGUAGUGGCGCACGGAGCCGGUCGAUUCACCCUCCCUCCCAGCCCCAUGUCCUCCCCUGUUGCUCCGGGCCCAGACCCUUCACACCUGCCCCCAAUGCCCCGAGGACCGGCCCUCAUCCAAGCCCCGAUGUCCUGCCUCAUCCCUGGUCCUCUCCUGGGUCAGGCAGCCCCAGCCAGCGAGCAGCCCCAGGAUGAGGGGUCUCUGCUUGGGAUGGAGGAGCAGGAAGACUCUCUGGGGUUGGGGGAACUGUGUAAACCACUGUACUGUAAACUCUGCAACGUUACCCUCAACUCUGCUCAGCAGGCACAGGCUCACUACCAGGGGAAAAACCACAGUAAAAAGUUGAGAAAUUUCUAUGCUGGCAGUCAACAGCCUCCAGCCAUCAGGAUUCCAGAAGUCCUUGAGGGGGCUGGCCAGACAUCCCUCAACUCAGGAUCAAACGACAGUGACGCAGGCAGGCAGGCGCAGUAUAAGGGGGCGACUCGGGUCAUCUUGGCCACAGAGAACGACUAUUGUAAGCUGUGUGACGCCUCCUUCAGUUCACUGGCAGUUGCACAGGCCCACUAUAAGGGCAAGAACCACGCCAAGAAGCUACGGCUCGCUGAGGCCCAACAGAACUCCAACAACAUGGAGGGCAGCAAUGAGGCAGCCCCAAGAAGAAACAGAAAAGAUGGCAGUGAGUACAGACUGGUGAAAAACCGCCGCAGCCCACAGCUACCUGCUUCCAUGCCAGGGCCGUACUACAACCCCAGACCGAGGCAGCGCAUCCCCAGGGACUUGGCCAUGUGCGUGACUCCCAGCGGUCAGUUCUACUGCUCCAUGUGCAACUGCGGAGCCGAGCAGGAGACAGACUUCAGGCAGCAUCUGGAGAGUAAGCAGCACAAAGCAAAAGUGUCGGAGUUAAGAUACCGCCACGAGAUGGAGAACCUUGGCUACAGCUAAGAAACACAAGGGAGGAUGGGGGAAGAGAAAAGACAGAGUGGGACAGAAUAGGUGGGAAGACAAAAAAAAAAAAAAAAAAAGAGAAGAGAAGACCAAAGUGCAGCAAAGCAAAUACUACCUGGUGUUUGAGGGGCAUAUUUAGUGAAGGGAUUAGCCCAAAUGGCCACCUCAAGACAUUGUUGCAAUUCAUUUGAUUUACUUACCAUGUAUGCUGAGAACAGGAAUUUGAGAAAAAUAUGGAUUUUUGACAUACAAGUAAAAAGAAAGUCUCUUUUUAUAGGCACUGAAUCAGAUCACAUUUUUGACCCACCGUUUUUUGUUGUACUGUUUGUGGUUCCUCUAAGGCUUUGAGUGGGUUGCAUUCUGACUCAGGAUACAGGUAAAUGAAUUGCAAGUAAAUCUUGAGCUUAUUCAGGCUACAGGAAGAGGACUAGUGGGGCACAGAAGGCCAACAUGGGACACACUUAGGAAAGACGAGGACAUGCAGAGGGUUCAAACAUUAAGACACAGUGCAAAAUGUUGAAAAUAGAGAGAAACCGGUUGGUAGAGGUAAAAGGACACAUAGAGGGAAACACUGGAAAAACUAUCAUCAUUGAGGACAAAGUUUGAGACAAAAUUCUUGAGUGUGAAUCAGCCCUGCAGGUAUUUUUGUACAGGCCCUAUAGCAGGGACUUCAGGGCCACGUAG